UUAAUAGAUCCAAAAAUUCGAGAUCAUUUGAAUGAAAUUUGUCAGCAGUAUGCUGAUUUAUUAUUCAGAUGGUGUAUGUAUUCGAAAGCUGCCGAAAUUUUAAAAUAUAACGAAAAUGCACCAGUCGCAUAUCCUUUCUUUCUUCGCAAAUAUUGUGCGAGUUGUGAAGAAAAAUUUGAUGAGGGAUAUUGCAACAAAUGCUUUGAAAAAUUAAGCCCAUUUCUUUGCGGUAUUUGCCAGGGAAGAUCUUCAUCGUGUACUUUUCUGUUGUUAGAUUAUUUCCUUUGCCUGAAAUCCAAGUUAAUUUCAGGUUUAAUUUUUGUUUGCGAAUACUGUCACCAUGGUGGUCACAUUGAGCACAUACUGGAAUGGUUUAAACAAAAUACAUAUUGUCCAACAGGUUGUGGUUGUGAAUGUAUUGUUGUUUACUUAUAA